AGGUGACUCAAGGCGUUGAAAAAAAUAUUACCCCGCCAUCACGACAAUCGCACUCUCAGUGCAAUUUCCCCCUACGACGACAAUCUCACCAUGGCCUCCAAUCAAGCCUCUGAAAACCCGGCCGAGGGUUCUGAGCAGGCCCAGAAGCUCUACGAUGAUCCUGUCACUGGAGAGAAGAUUUCCAAGACCGAACUCAAGCGACGGACGAAGCAGCGAGAGAAGGAAAAGGCUAAGGAAGAGAAGGCCAAGACUCAACCCGCCGUACAAGCUUCCAAGCCUAAUGUUGAGGAAGAGUUGAACCCGAAUCAAUAUUUCGAACUGCGCUGCAAGCAGAUUGAUAGUCUACGAAGCGACCGCAAAAUCAACCCUUACCCCCACAAGUUCCACGUCAACACCAAACUUACCUCCUUCGUCAAGGACUAUGAGAAUAUUGAAUCGGGCCAGCACCGUAAAGAUGUUGAAAUUCGUGUCGGAGUUCGAAUUAUGGCCCAGCGCUCGUAUGGUUCUUCGCUGAGGUUCUAUGACUGCAAAGCCGAGGGUGUAUCCAUUCAGAUCAUGUGUGAUCGCAAUGAGGCUACAGGUCUACCGUUCGCUGAACAACAUGACCACCUUAGACGAGGAGACUGGAUAGGAAUUGUUGGAUUCCCCGGUCGUACCAAGCCCAAGACCCGCGACGUUGGCGAAUUGAGUAUUUUCGCCCGUGAGGUCGUUCUUCUCACCCCCUGUCUCCACCAGCUCCCGUCUAGUCACUUCGGCCUGAAGGAUAAGGAGCAGAGAUACCGACAAAGAUAUCUCGAUCUCAUGAUAAAUGACACAACUCGAAACACUUUCGCUAGGAGAUCUAAGAUUAUUGGAUAUCUUCGACAAUUUCUGAAUGACAGAGACUUCCUCGAAGUCCAGACUCCGAUGAUGAACAAGAUUGCUGGAGGUGCUACCGCCCGACCGUUUAAGACCUUCCACAACGACAUGAACAUGGAACUCUACAUGCGAGUCGCGCCGGAGCUCUAUCUCAAGCAAUUGGUCGUAGGCGGGCUUGAGCGUGUUUAUGAAAUUGGACGACAAUUCCGAAACGAAGACAUAGAUCUGACCCACAAUCCCGAAUUCACCACCCUGGAAUUCUACUGCGCCUUCUUCGAUGUUCACGAUUUGAUGGAUAUCACGGAAGAGAUGAUCAGUGGGCUUGUAAAGAGCGUGACUGGUUCAUACAAGACCAAAUACCACACCCAGGAUGGAACAGAGUAUGAUGUCAACUGGGAGCGACCAUGGCCGCGGGUUGACAUGAUCCCUGCACUUGAGAAGGCUACUGAGACCAAAUUUCCCGCUGCGGACCAAUUCCACACUGAUGAAGCCCAUGAAUUUUUCGUCAAGCUGUUGGCAAAACUAAACAUUCCUUGUUCGCCGCCGGUGACAACGUCGCGAAUGAUUGAUAAGCUUGUGGGGGAGUUCAUCGAAUCCAAGUGCAUCUCACCUACGUUUAUUACAGGUCACCCGCAAAUCAUGUCGCCGUUAGCCAAGGCUCAUCGCGACACCCCCGGUAUUUGCGAGCGUUUCGAGGCAUUUGUAUGCACCAAGGAAAUUGCAAACGCAUAUACCGAACUCAACGACCCCAUAGACCAGAGGGCACGAUUUGUAGAACAGGCAAAGGAUAAGGAUAAGGGAGAUCUAGAAGCACAGCUAAUCGACGAGACAUUCUGUGAAGCUCUUGAAUUUGGUCUGCCGCCCACUGGUGGAUUCGGUCUAGGUGUUGACCGAAUGGUCAUGUUCUUAACAGACCAGUACAGGUAAGCAAAGUCUAGUGAGUAAUACCCAUUACAAGAAAGCUAACAACCACGCAGUAUCAAGGAAGUAUUGACAUUCCCAUUGAUGAGAGACGUUGUUGAGCCGACUAAGGAUGCCGCCCAGGCAUCUGAGGAAAUUGCCAAACUGACGGUAAACUGAGGGAGAUAGUAGAAUGCUAGUCCCAUAUAUUUUGUAGACUUCGGUGUUUUAUCAACUUGUCUGUGUCUAUGAAUGGUCAUAUGACUUUGCAAUACUCAAGCCGCAACUAAAUUUUGAGGUUUGCUCUGUAGUAGCU